UUUUUGAUAUUGCCCGUCCGGGGGGGCUCAUGCUCUCGUCUUGUUAAUUAUUCCCUCUAGCCCUCUCCGUCUCCUGCUUCGGGCGACGGCUGCCCGCCUUCUGUUGUGUACCACCGACAAAUGGCUACUGGCAGAUGCGAACAGUAACCAGCCAGCGAACUUCCCAGAAAAGCGACCAGUCAUGCUCAGCAGCUCAAGCCGAUUCAACAGGAACUCAUUGAAAAGUCGACUCUGGACGAGAUGAGAUGAUCUGGUCCAGAGAUGAGCCGGGAUGACUACACUCCACGGGGCCUAUCCGACCCGGAGUCCCAUCUUGAUCUUGCCGGCCAACGUCAGCGACCUCAGGUUGAUACAGGCACUGGGUCGGAGGCAGUUGCACCGUCACCAAAUCAGCAGGGUCGACACGUUGCUCUCAAUGCCAUUGUCGAGGUCGAUAUGCUGCGGCACAAACUUCGUGCCCUCGAAAAUCUUGUCGAACGUUACGGCAUUUCAUCACGCAUCCCCUCUCUUUCUGAAGCUGAAGAGGCGCGGGCUCUCCAGUACCGUUGCGAAUGCCUCGAAGCUGCAUGUAAGCAACAAAGUAAGUGGACAACCUCGCUGCGCAUAGUCUAUCUAGCAACCUCCGGUAGAGUAUCUGAUAUAGGUAGAACUAACAGUAUAGACAUGGACGUUGCCCGCACUCUAAAAAGCUCAUCUCCAUUUCCACCACCACAAGGAUAUACAUCAUGGCUCGAUCAUCAUCUUGCGCAUCAUGAUCGAGCGAUACGCUCUUUCCCAUCAGCGGACCCUUCUACUUCUAUUACCAACUUCUCGAGGGCACCCUUUAAGUGUUCGCAUGAACAAUGCAUCCACUAUGUCUAUGGAUUCUUGACCCAUCUGGAACGGGAUAAUCACCUUCGGCUGCAUUUGACGAAGAAUGCAAGUGAUUCGGGAGUAUUUGCGCCAGCCCAGAGCUCUUUGAAGAAUUCCGAAUUACCAGAGACGGGCAGCGGUGCUCUGCCUCGGGACCAAUUGCCGCCCAUUCAACCUCCAACCACACUCGUAACGACUAAUCUCCCUCCUCUACCAUUCCCGACACCCUCAACCGCCUCCACAGCCACGACGAGAAGGGAUCACAGUUCAAGCUUCUCCUUCUCAGACCCCAAAACUGCGCUGUCAAGAACCGGCGAGGAAACCACAUCUGACCCACAGUUGCCUCCUCUCAAAAGAGCUCGCGUCGGACAUGAUCGUCUAAAGUCAAUAGGAGAGCUAAAGCUUCUCCACAACAAUGACCCGUGUCUCCGAUGUCGAGCUUCGAACAGACCAUGCGAUGCAAAUAACCCCUGUUCCCGCUGCUCGGGGAUGCCUUCAUCCGAGACAGAGGCGCAUUGGAGCAUUUUAGGAUGUUAUCGUGGAUCAGUGACCUCUCUCGUUGAUGUUUUGCUUCAAGGAUCUUUCGCCUGGUCACAACCUCAAACACCGCUGACACCCUCUUAUCCUCGGCGAGGAAGCAUCAAUGACCAAAUACUCGCUCAGAACCCCAAUUUGUCGGCCGUCAAAAGGCCUGCCUGGAGGCUUGAUUUUCAGGAUACGUUUUGGUGGCAGGAUGGAGAGCCUGGCCUUGACGAGCGUAUUAACCAACCUCUAGGUCCCGGUUACCACGAUCAAGGGGCACCGCCACCUGUUCUGCAGCUCAUCGCUUCUAGCCCUAAUUUCCGGGGCGCUGCCUUUGAUCUUCUCGAGCUGUUGAGUGCCAGCGGUCAACUCUCGAUGUCCCGAGAAGAGGAACAGACGACACAUCCCUCUCUUUUUCGCGUAAAGCAACUCUUGCGCGAGAUCAUAUUUUACGAUACUUCUCAGCCGAGUCAAUUGCUACGGAGCGAGGGCAUCUAUCUUCCGCGCACGCCUAUCGAUCGUCGCCCUUCUACCGAGCGCAACGUUUCCUUGAGGGAAUGCACGCGACGGUACUUGAUCUCCUUGGAUUUUGCAGCUUCUGUUUUGCCUACUAUGGGUCUGAGGCAAUGGUUAGGGGUUUUCAUUUCGAUCUGCAUCUUCAGUGCUGUUAACACCAUAUUGGUUGAUAUUGCCUUGUCGUUUCAGGGAAACGAUCCAUUGCAGGCCAGCACAACACCCACGGAACGACCUGACCAAGUCAUUCGAAGUGUUUACCAAGCUUUGGUCUCUCUAUUCGCCACUUCAAACGAUCCGUUAUCUAAUGCGUCCGAGCUCGAAGACCCCAUUGCCCGCAACAUCGCAAGAAUUAUCCGUCGAGAUCAGUGGCCUCCCCGGCAUCUAUUCUCGAGCUUUGAUUUUCUCAUGAAUCUCGGUAUAGGGGAAGUUCCAAACUCGGGUUUCAACGGCUUUGUGUUACCCAGAAGGCAAUCGUUAGAUUUAAGGGGCUCGAGGGGUUUCCCCGCAGCACAACUAGACAGUACGCCAAGGCAACUUUACCUGAAGUCUACGCCGUCCCUUGGAUCAGCAGGUCCGUCAUCACAAUACAUACCCUCUAGCUCACGGUCGGACUUUCCUUUACCUGGUCAGUUCUCGUUGCCAGGCGAUGUUGGAGGACGCACCCGCAGACACACGAUAGGUGACGACAUGUCACCUCACCUGGAAUCCCGGCGACUUUCGGGUGAACCGAUAUCUCCGUCAAGGUUAAAAUCAUCUUCCCGCCGGACCUCUUUGCGCCGCGUGUACUGCGACAAGUGUAACGAGCAUCCGGAUGGCUUCCGUGGCGACCACGAGUUACGCCGCCAUAUAGAUGCCAAGCAUUCGGCCACGGUCAAGCGAUGGGUUUGCAAAGAACCCAAGAAUCAAAUGCCUUCUGCCCCUCAGCCAGUGAUCCCAUUAUCAAGAUGCAAAGCAUGCUUGGCACAAAAGCGAUAUGGCGCAUAUUAUAACGCUGCUGCACACCUCCGCCGCGCACACUUCCGACCUCAUCGAGUGGGUAAAGCCAGUGGUGACUGGCCAUCCAUGAGUAUUUUGAAGGACUGGAUGCGAGAAGUGCGCCAAUCAGUUGAUGUUCCCGAAGAACAUAUCUCCAGCGGUGAAGACGACAUCGAUGAGUAUCCAGCACCCGCUGACUAUAGAGAUCCGAUACCACAACAAACGCCUGGGAUUCCUGAUGCAUUACCAGCAGUUUCUGCCUUAGGUCCAUUGCUUUCGUCGAGUUCUAUCGAGCCAUCAAUACCGAUUGAACGAGCCAGCCCAUCUCGAAGGCCUGCUGAAAAUCGCACCAGAUGCCCUCAUCCAGAUUGUGGUCGUGAGUUUCGUGACCUGGCCUCUCACAUGCUCACACACCAAGAAGAGCGGCCUGAAAAAUGCCCUAUUGUAACAUGCGAAUACCACACGAAAGGAUUCGCACGCAAGUACGACAAAAACCGUCACGCCCUUACUCAUUAUCGUGGAACGAUGGUGUGCCCAUUCUGUCCUGGUGUUGGCAGCCCCUUCGAAAAAGUCUUCACUCGUGCUGAUGUCUUCAAGCGACACUUAACUGCUGCCCAUCAAGUUGACCAGACAGGCCAUAGCAGUGGCCACCGACUACCAGGGGGCGAUGAUCCUGUAGGCACGAAAGCAAGGUGCUCCAUAUGCAAGAACGGGUUUGGUACUGCGCAAGACUUCUAUGAGCAUCUAGAUGACUGUGUGCUUGGCGUAAUUGUGCCAACUACGAAUACAUCAAGUCAGCAAACUCGGCUGCGAGGAUCUCAGCAAUAGCCGUUGACCGCAAAAUGGGCUAUAUAAUUUAACAGGACUACGACGAUGUCCGAUGAAAACUGAACGAACGAGACGGCUGGGAUUAUAUUGAACGAUAGGGGCAGUGAAGCGAUUCUUUAUUCUUCAUCUACGACUUCUUCUUUUUCCGCUCUCCCUUCUUCCCUUUUGUUAUUUUUAGCAUCAUUAAGAGUAUGUGCCUGGUGCACCACAGGAAUAAGUUUCGAUUCUAGAUACCACCAAGAGUUACGGCGGCAUUGGUCGCAUUUUUUGUUUUAUUGUCACCAUAUCAUUUGAUCAAGCGCAUAUGUAUAUAUUA